UUGGAUAUAUUAAACAAAUCUCCGAUUUAUAUAAACAGGUUAAUUUUCUUCGCGAUUGGAUUGUUAAGUUGUUAUGGAGAGUUACAUAUAGAGGCACCGAGAGAAUAUCAUGGAAUAUGUACGAGCAUCUUCGUAAAUAGAAUGGCAAAUAUAAAAAAAAUACAAAACUGCACAGUUGUUGUUGGGGACUUAAUAAUAACACUUCUAGAGAGAACCAAACCAAAAGACUUUCGGGAUAUAAGUUUUCCUAGCUUAAAAGAGGUUACAGGAUUUAUGGUUGUUUACCGAGUGUCGGGAUUGGAGUCUCUAGGGGACCUCUUUCCGAAUUUAGCGAGAAUCCGCGGUAACACGCUUCUAUAUAACUACGCGCUCAUUGUUUAUGACAUGCCGCGUCUGAGAGAGAUAGGUUUCUACAACCUUCUCAAAAUCGAUAGAGGCGGUGUCAUUAUAUGGGGCGGUAAACUGACUUGCUUCAUUGAUUCCAUUGACUGGAACGUUAUUGCUCCAAGAUCUCGUCACGUCCUCAGCAUACCAGACAAAGGAACACGAUGCAUGUUUGUUUGCACUUGUACAAGAAACGCUGCCUCAAAUCGCUGCUGGAAUAAUAAGAAAUGCCAGCGGUUCCUUGAGGGUCCGGAUGCAGAAGUUUGUGAUGUGAAUUGUUUUGGAUGUCGUAAGACCAACCCGAAGAGCUGCACAUUGUGUAGAAACUACACCAUCAAUAAUACAUGCGUGAACCACUGCCCUAACAAUACUAUAAUAUUAACGGAGAGCAAUUAUUGCGUGACAGUUGACGAAUGUAAACAUUUAAAUAGAUUUGAAUUCAAUAAUACAUGUGUGGAAAAGUGUCCGUAUAAUUAUGAAAUGGUAACCAUUGGAAGAAAUACCUCAUGCAAACCCUGCGUUAAUUGCGAUAAGACUUGUAAAAGCCUCAUUAUUCAAACAUUGGCUUCAAUACAAGCUACAGAAAAGUGUGUUUAUGUGAAUGGUUCAUUAACAAUACACGUUAGAUCAGUUCCCGGAGCGAUGGAUGAAUUGAGAUAUUAUUUGAAAAAUAUCAAAGAAGUUUCUGGAUACAUUCUAAUUUAUGGUUCUAUUUCAGUUACUUCACUAGAUUUUUUAUCAUCGCUCCAAAGUAUCAAGGGCAAUACAUUAUUAAAUGGAAAGUAUAGUUUAGUCGUUUACGAUAUGCAAAACCUUCAGAUGCUAUUUUCAGAUGAAGUUACGAAAAAACUUAAAAUAAACGAGGGUUCAAUGAGAUUUUACCGAAACCCCAUCCUUUGUAUGAGUCAAAUCGAAAAGUUAAAGCCAUUAUUCCCGGUGGCUCCCAAUGAAAUUGAUUUACCUCAGGGACUCAAUGGUUAUAGCGGGGGCUGUAAAGAAGUUAAUUUGGGUCUAAAAAUUAAGGUCAAGAAUCAAACGUUUGCAGUUGCCACUUUCGAUGGUGAAUCUGCAACUGACGUGUUUUAUACUAUUUCAUAUAUCGAAAUACCUCACGAUACAAAAGUCCCAAUUGUACCAGAGGCGUGUAGUGAAUCUGAAUGGAAUGCUAUAAGCGUUUCCUAUUCUUCAAAUAGGCCUAUUGAAGUUCCUCUUUACUCUCUCCAACCGGCUUCGAUGUAUGCUGUUUGUAUAGAAAAGUAUGAACCUUCAACUCGUCAUCUCGCUCGCAGUGCUAUAGUAAAUUUUACAACCCCACCUGGCAAGCCAGAGCCGCCAUUCAUUACAGAACUUGUAGCUUCUUCCUCUGACGUAGUUGUAGUGAGAUGGGUUAAUCAUAAAAACUAUGAACGACACAUUACUAGAUACGAGUUAGAUGUGUACUUAAUAGAAAAGAACCCAAGCCAUAUAAAUACAAGAGAUUAUUGUCAAAAUUUUAAUGAUAUUGAUGAAAUUGAUUAUUCACGUCACGCAAAAGUUAUGAGACCACCGCGUAAUUAUGGAAAAGGUUGUGAAAGUAUGUGCGGUAUCUUAUCAUCUUUCACCUUUGGUGCAAUGGUUGAUGAGCAUUUUGACAUAUGCAAUUCAAUAAAAGGCUGCGAGAAAGAAGUGGAUCGUCCUAAAAAUAGUAAUAUCAAAGGAUUAAUCAAAACACUGUCCUUAGACAUUACCGCUCCAAGAAAAGUUUAUCAAAUUGGAGGAUUAGCACCUUUUAGAGAUUAUAGAUUUCAUCUACGGGCUUGUAUUAAAGAUUUGUGUAGCCGUUCUGCUAGAGAGGUAGUGAGGACUUUAAGGUUAGAAAACAUUGAUAUAGCCUCUAUUACAUAUAUAAGUGCUGAAGAGAAUGGGUUAAUAGUCGUGAACUGGGAUCCACCGUUAAUAUCCAACGGAGUUAUAUUGUCAUAUACAAUUGAAAUUUAUCCAGAUAUUAAGUUAAAUGACAUGAGUCAUUUGUUGCCUCAAGUUUGGUGCGUUUUUGGCAACGAAACAAGUCUCACAGUAAAAUCUCAUAAAGCAAAUAUUUAUCUUGUAAGAGUGUGUUCAACGACGUUGGCUUAUUCGUAUGUUUGUAGCAAUUGGACUAAAGUUAUGGUUAUACAACAAAAUUAUCUCUCCAUAUGGAUUGGUGGUGUAGUCUUCGGAUUGUUAAUAUGCGGUAUAUCUAUAAAAAUUGGAUGGCACUGGAAACGAAGUACUUUCAAAUCGGACGAUAUACCGCUGGUAGACGCUACUUCUGCUAAUCGAAAUGAAUCUGAACCACCAGCUAUCAUGAUGUCAGAUUUUAUGUCACUUUAUAGUAUAGAUUUUGGAAAUUCAGAAUAG